UAGAGUUAGUUUGCAGUUUUGCUACACACGCACCGAUGGCUCGGUGGCCGCCGGGCUUCCCCGGCUUUCCCCUCCCUCCACCGACGUGGCCAUACCGUCCUUCCAUGCCGCCGCCGCCGCCACCGUCCGGCGGUUCGUCUCAAGGCAGGACCGUCGCCGGCACCUUCGGCGGCCUCGUCGCCUGCUUGCUCGUUGGCCUCGCCGUGUGCAGCCUCUGCAAGAGGCGUCGCAACAGCCGCGCCCGCGCCGCGGCCGCUCCGGCGCAGAGCGUGGCCGCAGCCGAUCGGGCGCAGAACCUGACGGAGAGCGGCGGCGUGCGCGUCGACGUGCGGCAGCUUCACCGGGCCUGCGCCGUCAGCCCGACGGCCGGGCUCCCGGCGUUCACGUACAGCCUGUCGGUGAAGCACAACGUGAGUGGCGGAGGGGAGGAGGCGGCGACGUGCUCGGUGUGCCUCGGCGCGAUGCAGGUCGGCGAGACGGUGCGGCUGCUGCCGGCGUGCCUGCACCUGUACCACGCGGAGUGCAUCGACCCGUGGCUGGACGCGCACUCGACGUGCCCGCUCUGCCGCUCCGACACCGACCCGGCCGCUGUAUAGCUAGAUGCACAUUUUGAGGGGUGUUAAUUUUGUUAGAUUGAUUUUGCUUUCUGUAUAUAUUGAAAAAUACGUCUACUCAAUUA